AAAGCAAUCCUGGUAGCAAGUUUUUCCUAUGUACAAAGGAAAUAGAAGAUGAGAAGACAAAAGAGAUAAAAGAGCACUUCUCCACAUUAUAUUGGUCACUGGAUGCAUGCACGAGAGGAUGGCUUAAUGGUUGUAGGCCAAUAAUUUUUAUUGAUGGAUGUCACUUAAAGACCAGAUAUAAAGGAAAUUUACUCACAGCUGUAGGUAUUGACCCAAAUGACUGUAUCUUCCCCAUAGCAUUUGGCAUUGUGGAAGUGGAGUCAACUAGCAGUUGGGAGUGGUUUCUGGAAAGCCUAAAGGAUGACCUCAACAUAUGUAACACCUCUCCAUACACAAUUAUGAGCGACAAGCAAAAGGGUCUCAUAAAAGCUGUGGCAAAGAUAUGGCAUGAUGGUGAACACAGAUUUUGUGUCAGGCAUAUGUAUCAGAAUUCCACAAGCUUCACAAAGGUGAGCAACUAAAGAACAAUUUGUGGGCAAUUGCCAGGGCUACAAACAACCCUGCAUACAUGAGAGUAAUGCAAAAGAUGGAACAAGACAGCAUUGAUGCAUACAAAUGGUGUGAGAGAUGGCCACCAAGAACCUGGAUUAAAGCAUUUUUCAAUCCAUUUCCAAAGUGUGACAUUCUACUGAAUAACAUGUCUGAAGUAUUCAAUAGCUGGAUCUUGGAAUCUAGAGAGCUACCAAUUAAGUCCAUGUUGGACAGCAUCACUGACAAGAUCACAACCAGGAUGUACAACAAGCAGAAGGAGGUGGCCACUGAUAGAAAAUGGGGUAAAAGAUUGUGCCCAAAAAUACAGAAGAAGCUUGACAAAUUUACUGAAUGGGCUGCUUUCUGCAUGGUUCAAGCGGCUGGUCAGAAAGUUUUCAAGGUGUCAUCAAUGAACCAUUCAUAUAUUGUUGAUUUGAACUGUGAGAGUUGUGACUGCAAAAGAUGGGAGCUGUCUGGGAUUCCAUGUCAUCAUGCCAUAGCUUGUGCUAGAGAGGAGAGGAUAGAUCCCGAGAGCCUGGUGCACGAAUGCUACUCAGUAGCUACUUACAAAAAAGCUUAUAGUUUCAAUAUCAAGCCCAUGAGGGACCAAGAGCAUUGGACAAAGAUGGAAGGAGUGGACGUGUACCCACCUGUGUACACCAAGGUGAUGGGUAGACCAAGGAGAAAUAGAAAAAAAGAUCCAGAAGAGAAGCUUGACAAGGAAGGGGGCAAGAAACUGACUAAACAUGGUGUAACCAUGCACUGUUCUGUUUGUGGAGCAGCAAAUCACAAUAAGAAAGGUCAUAAAAAGUGGGCAGAAACAAAUAGAGAGGCCCCAGUAGUUACAGAUGAUGAUUCAGAAGAGGAGUUUGAUGAUCCAUCCAUAAUUUCAAACAUCAUGCCACACACAGUUCAUCCAUCUAUGGAUCCAUCUCAAACACCAGGAUCAAUGGUUUACCUCAUGCAGCAAAUGGAGAGGAUGUCAUAUCAACCAGUCAUGGACCAUGGUCCUCUUCCUGAAUCUUCAUUUGUUACACAAGCCAGAGCUAGCAUUCCUCCACCAAGAGUGACAACUGCUAUGGCAAGUGGAAGAGGUAGGAGGAGGGGUGUUACUGAAGAUAUUCCGAAGGAUGUGCCUCAAUCCAGCCACCAAACAAGUGAUAAUACAGGAGGCAGGAAGAGGCAAGCUAGAGGAGGUGGUAGAGGAAAUGCUACAGGAGGUGGGAGGAGAAAUGCUACAAGAGGUGGAAGGGGAAAUGCUACAAGAGGAAAUGGAAGGACAAGAGGAGGAGGUGCAACAGGAGGAACUGGAAGAGGAAAUGGUGGAAGAGGAACUCUAUAUGACAAUGGAGGAAGGACUGGACCAGGGGAUGGAUUUUGGAACUUGAUGUUUGGACCUGAUUCAGAUAGGUCACAUGUGGCAGCAGAGGAAGAGCCAAUCACGCAAAAUGCACCAGGAGGGGAUGAGUGGGAUGAUGACUUCAUGCACAUGUAGAUGCCCAUCGUGGAUGCAGAAGUUCAUGACUGAACUUUAUGGGAUGCAACUAAGUUCACCAAUGAACUUGGUCUAUUUGUUUAGAGGCCUCUUUUGAUGUAAUGAACAUGUCAGUUUACACGUACUGCACUUAAGUAUGCUGGCAUGCGGCACUUUCAGUAUGUUUUAUAGCUCCAGUGUUCAUGUACUGUCAGAUUCUAGUCUUGAAGUGUUAUAUGAAUCUGCUGUCAUUCUUGCUAUUAAAAU